AUGCUUGAUUCCCACAAUUCUCUUGCUAAGUCUUUCCGAUAUGCUAGGCAAAGGUUCGCUGAAGAUUCAACCACUCCGCUAAAGCUUCGUCUUAUUAAAAAGAGGAAUACGGAUGGUAGGAGAUAUAAUCUACCAUCAGCGUCUGAAGUUGCAGCUCUUAUUGUAGGUGAUUUUGAUACAGAAAACCUUGCGAGGGACGCUAUUAUUCAGACGCGUUCAAAUCAGUUAAAACGCAUUGACGUUAAUCAUCCCAAGUUUGCCAGUUAUCCUAGCUAUUUUAUUACUAUCACAUGUAACCUAGACUGGAACGAGAUUAAAGAUUGCAUUGCCAACUAUUCAUUAAAGCCAAGUGACAUGCCGGAUAUCAUAUCUAGGUUUUUCAAGAUCAAGUUAGACGCCUUACUAAAAGACUUAAAGGAUGGGUCUAUAUUUGGAAAGCCUAAAGGAAUUGUUUACACAGUUGAAUUCCAGAAGCGUGGCCUUUCCCACUGUCACAUUUUAUUGUUUAUUCAGCCAGACGAGAAGCCUAGAUCAUCCGAUGAUAUUGACCAUCAUAUCUCAGCUGAGAUACCCGACGAACACACGCAACCUAAGCUACACAGGUUAGUCCAGAAGUUCAUGGUUCAUGGACCCUGUGGGGUUUUAAACACGAGCAGCCCGUGUAUGGUUAAUGGGAAGUGUUCCAAGUUCUAUCCAAUGGUAUUCCGUCAGAAAACAGCCAUAGACAGUGCAGGUUUUCCCAAGUAUAAACGGUCAGAUAAUGGCCGUUCAACAAGAAAGAGAAAUGUUGACGUCGACAAUCGGUUUAUUGUCUCGUACAAUGCAACGUUGCUUCUUAAGUAUGGAUGUCACAUAAAUGUCGAGUACACUUGCCAAACGUCUGCUAUUAAGUAUUUGUUUAAGUACGUCCACAAAGGUAAUGACCGUGUCUCAACUUCGUUUUUCCGAUCACAUGAUUCAGCUGAUUCCGUUGUCACUGUGGAUGAAAUCCAAAACUACUAUGAUUGUCGAUAUAUAUCUGCUUGUGAGAAUGUUUUGUACAAAGAUCAUCAGCUUAUUGAGAAUGUAAUCGAGAUUGCAGUCUCAAAGGAUAGUAUGUUUAUCGGCUGGUUUAAGGCUAACAAGGAUUUUGAUGUGGCCCGUACACUUACCUAUGCGAAGAUUCCAUCGUUUUUUGUUUGGGAUAAGCAGGGGCAUAUAUGGAAGCCGCGAAAGCAAGGGCAUAUGAUUGGUCAUCUCACACAUAUUCCUCACUCACAUGGAGAGGAGUACUACCUUCAUUUAUUAUUAAACUAUCAAAAAGGGUGCCAGACAUUUGCUGAUGUCCGUUCUGUUGGUGGCAUUGUGUACAAUACAUUCAAAGAAGCCUAUUAUGCUCUAGGGUUGUUACAAGACAAUAGAGAAUUUAUUGAUGCAAUUAAUGAAGCCAGUGCGUGGGCUUCACCGAAUUAUAUCAGGAAGUUGUUUGCAAUGCAUUUGAUGUCAAAUAACAUGGUCCAUCCCGACAUGCGUUCCGUCGAUGAGAUUAAGUCCACCACGCUUGCCAAAAUUGAAAAACUUCUGCAGUCGAACUGUAGGACCCUAAAAGAAUUUACUGACAUGCCAUUUCUUGAUUCAGUGGAUUUGACUGAACCUCCCGACACAGUCUUCUUUGAUGAGCUCAAUUUGGAUAAGACAGAGUUGGCAAGUAUUUCUGUUGAUUUGGUUUCCCACUUGAAUCGAGGCCAGUGUGUUGCGUUUGACACAAUAGCCAAUGCAUUCAGUCGUGGCACUAGUGGUUUUUUCUUUGUUUGUGGAUAUGGUGGAACUAGGAAGACUUUUCUAUGGAAUGCACUGUCUGCUUCAAUAAGGUCGAAGGGUCAUAUUAUUUUCAACGUGGCAUCCAGUGGCAUUGCAGCGCUGUUGUUGCCUAAUGGGCAAACUGCUCAUUCACGCUUUAAGGUUCCACUCAGUGUUAACCAAGACUCCAUUUGUAAUAUAAGGCAAGGCACACCCCUCGCGCGUCUUAUUUCAUCUGCAAAAUUAAUUAUAUGGGAUGAGACACCUAUGUUAAAUAAAUUUUGCUUUGAAGCGCUCGACAAGUACCUUAAGGAUGUUCUUCGUUUUGAUCAUGGAUAUAAUCCUGAUGCUCCAUUCGGUGGAAAAACUGUUGUUCUAGGAGGUGAUUUCCGUCAGAUAUUGCCUGUGAUUCCUCGUGGUUCCCAGGAGGAGAUUGUUCAUUCGUGUAUUAAAGCUUCGAACCUGUGGCAAUGUGACAGGUUACUCGGAGACAGUACCGAUGGCGAAUCAGUUAUUAGAAUACCCAACAACUUGCUGUUGGAUAUUGAGUCUCUGCGUCUGCAUGAUUUGGUGUUGUUUGUUUAUCCUGACAUUUUACUCCAUUCUUCUAGCAUGGAUUAUUUUAAGGGCAGGAAUAUAUUAGCACCAACACUUGAUGUUAUUACUGAAGUUAACAAUCAUGUGAUGUCUUUGAUCCCUGGCAACGAGAGAGUUUACUUGAGCUCUGAUACACUACUUAAUGAAGAUGGUCACUUGGAAUCUGAAUUAUAUACAAUGAGCAUAGAGUCGUUGAAUGCGUUGAAUUAUUCUGGAAUUCCCCAACACAGGUUAGUUCUUAAAAUUGGUGUUCCUGUGAUGCUUCUUCGCAAUAUUGGCCAAUUCAAUGGACUAUGCAACGGUACACGAAUGCAAGUUAGACGUCUCGGCGACCAUGUCAUUGAGUGCGUCAUAUUAGCAGGUCGUAAUACUUGUGAGGUUGUCUUUAUUCCCAGAAUGAACAUGGCCCCUAAUAAUGAGACAUUACCGAUUAGAUUUACUCGACGACAAUUUUCGGUUGCGCUUUGCUUUGCGAUGACCAUAAACAAGUCCCAAGGACAAAUAAUGUCAACUGUUGGCAUGUAUCUUCCAAGACCUGUUUUCACUCAUGGUCAGCUUUAUGUUGCACUCUCUCGGGUCAGCAUGCAUUCUGGACUGAAGAUAUUAUCUGUUGGCUCUAACGGCACAGUCUCAAAUCAUACUAUUAAUAUUGUCUAUAGAAAGGUUUUUACCGGCUUACUACCUUCCAUUCUACCUUGA